CAUUCUUUUUAUCUUCAUCAUCGCAUUCUAUUCGGUGACUCAAAACAAUUAGUCAACUCAAAUUUAUGACACAAGAUUUGCAUUUUGUUACAAAAUCUAAGACACUCAUAACACCUGCAGAUUGUCCAUUGUCAUUGAGAAUUGAAAUAAUAAGUUCAAUUAAGAUGUCAAAUCCCUCUAUGCUAGGUUUUAAGGGCUGGGUAAAUGCAGUUGGCCUUUUUACCGAUUUGCAUGGUUAAACUUAAUCAAAUCAACGUAGCAAAUUAGGUAGUAUUAGAACGGCCAGAACUUUUUAGCUAAUCCGCGAUUCUUGUUUUUUACUUUGGAUUCUUUGCCUCCUCUGGUCGGAUUUUCUUGUGAUUUCCUUUUACCAAUAACUAUGUCACAACUUUGAGAUAAAUCAGUUGGAAAUACAGUUGAAUUUUUGUUGAACGGUUCCUCAUUUCAUGACUUGCUCUUUCUGAUUAGGUAAGACUCUUUCUCUCUCUAGUCUAACUCCCUUUGAAAUUUAAAUAAUUGCGUGUUUUAGAUUGUAUCCAUAAGAUCACAGAGUAAAGAGGAGCAGGUCAACUAGUUUAUCUUUAACCCAAACCAUCAUAAAGAAAACAACUCCGAACAAGAGAUCCUUUAAUUUAUUUCCUUUUUCUUGACUUUCUGUGGAGUCAUUACCACCAAGUCCACCAUUAUGAAGCGGUUUAACAAACUCACUCCUUUACUUAAAUAGUUCAAACCCUUCAUUCUUAAAUAUACCUACUUUACUACUAUUUUAUUAAUGCUCAUUAAAACACCCCCUCCUGGCUGACCAUAACUCAUCUUAAGUAGAUUUCCCCAACCAUCACCAACAAACUCCAAAAUGGGCAAUUCCAUUCCACAGGGCACAAGCAAGGUUGUUUUUUCUGAUGGAACGGUCCAUUGUUACGACAAGCCUUUAACAGUGGCAGAGUUGAUGCUGGAACACCCUCAACAAAUGGUGGUUGAAUUCAAGCUGGUCGCGCAUGGGAAAAGGCCGAUUCCAUUGCCUGCUGACAUGAAACUUGAGAAGAACAAGGCUUACAUAAUGCUUCCAAUAAGGAAAGGCAAACCGUCAAGCUUGUCAUCCGAAGAAGCGCGGAAGAUUUUAACGAAAACAAGCACUAUGUUCAAGUCCAAGUCUCUAUUAGCUUCUUAUACAGGGUUCUUGCCAGUUUUUGCACGUAUAUUUCCAGCAGCAGUUUCUUCAUCGUCAUUGGGAACUGGUCGCGAUCAUGUUCUUAAUUCGGAUAAGAAUCUUUACUUGUUGAAGAAGGAAAAAGAGGACGAAGGAUCUAAACAUGAUUAUUUCAGUGAUAUUCUUGAAGGAAGGCCUGAAUUCUUAAGCAGACAAUUGUCAGGAAAAGGAUGGAAGCCCAGUUUAGAUACUAUUAAAGAGAAGAGCAUGCAAGUAAAAAUUCGUCAUUGGUUGUUUUAGGAGGGACAACUUUCGUCUCUGUGUCAUCAUUUCUACGUCUUUCCUGAUCUGCCGCGUGGUUUUUCUCUAUGUUUUUUUACCUUGUAUCUUUUAAAUUCCGUGGUAGGAUCUCAUCCAUUCCAGCUAGUAUCUAAACAUGGAUUUUAGUCUUGAUUAAGUUUAUUUUUAAUCUGUGACUUUCAAAAAGUCCAUGGUGUGGUGAAGUCUUGUCAAUGUGUAAUUUGUAGCUUUCAAUGCAUAGUGUGAUAAAGUAUUGUAAAUGUUUUUAGCUUAGCUUUUCAAGUAACGUAUCUAAAGUUGGAAUCAAGGAGAAAAGGGAAUUAAAUCAACUAUUGAAGAAUUAAAUACUCCCUAAGUAUAGAAAUUAUAUACUAUUUGAGAUGCUACAAGUAACAUAUAUUAUACUUUGUCAACCAAGAGUGAGGACACAUGCAAUUUGAUGUUAAUAUUUUACGUUUUGAA